CAAACACCGCCACCCUUUCAUCUCUGUUAAACAACUUUGCCCGGAGGAUAUCGUCAUGGCGCCCACCAGUGCUUUCAACCUCCAGACUUGCGCACGCAAGAAUAUUCUCCAAUUGGUCCCAUACCGAUGCGCUCGAGAUGACUACAAAGACGACGGCAGCAACAUCCUCUUGGACGCAAACGAGAACGCCUACGGUCCUAGCCUACCCUUCAACUGUCCUGACGAGUCAGAGGCGGGAAUAGGUUACGACUACACCCAUCUAAAUAGAUACCCCGAUCCCCACCAAGAAGACCUCAAAAGGCUCUUCUGCAACUACCGUAAUAAAAACCCUACUAAGCCGCUGACCCCGGCGAACUUGUUCCUUGGCGUCGGCUCAGACGAGGCUAUCGACGCGGUCCUCCGGUGCUUCUGUAUUCCUGGCAGGGACAAAAUCCUAACAUGCCCGCCAACUUACGGAAUGUACAGCGUUAGUGCGCAGGUCAAUGAUGUCGAAGUUAUAAGGGAGCCAUUGGACCUGGUCAGCGGCGAGUUCGAGCUUCGUCCGGAUGCGAUCAACAAACGUCUUUCGGAGGAUCCCACUAUUAAACUCGUCUACAUAUGCUCCCCCGGAAACCCUACUGCAGGGACUGUCGAUCCGGAAGCGGUACGUAAGGUCCUCGCGCACCCGACAUGGAACGGCGUUAUCGUCGUCGACGAAGCAUACAUCGACUUUGCACCCGAAGGAAGCAGUCUCGCCCCAUGUGUCGUCGACCACCCAAACCUCGUCGUUAUGCAAACUCUAUCUAAAGCCUUCGGACUCGCAGGAAUUAGACUCGGCGCGGCGUUCACGGCUCCGGAGAUAGCGCGGUUGUUAAACAACCUCAAAGCUCCCUACUCUGUUUCCUCCACGACCUCUUCUCUCGCCAUGGCCGCGCUUUCCCCCGCAGGAUUGGCCGUCAAGAACGAGAAUGUGCGUAGAUUGUUGGUGCAGCGCGAUAGGAUUAUUUCUGAACUUCCAGAGUUGCCGGGGAUCGGGAGGUUUUUGGGCGGGUUUGAUAGUAACUUUUUGCUGGUUGAGAUUCUUGAUAAUAACGCGGUUCCGAAUAGUGGGGUUGCGAAGAAAGUGUAUGAGCAACUUGCGGAGGAGCAUGGGGUUAUUGUUAGGUACCGUGGCGGGGAGGCUGGGUGUACAGGUUGUCUUAGGAUUACAGUUGGCACCGAGGCGGAGGUUGGGAGAUUGUUGAAGAAGUUGCGGGAGACGCUUAACGCGGUUAGGGGGGAGUAGAUAUGUUACAAGUAUCAUACUUGAAGGUGGAUUUUGCCCUUGAUAGAGAAUGGAAGCGGUUAGAUAUAAGGGUUGAAUACCGUAUGGCUGAGUUAAUGUG